AGGAAGUUCUUUCCCUCCCCGCUUAGGUCGCCGUCCGCCGUCCCGGGAACGAUGUCCGGCGAGCGGAGCUCGUGGAGCAGCCUGACGACGCUGCAGAAGGUGGCGCUGGCCCUUGGGAUUCCUGCCGGCGGUGCCGUCCUCUACAUCCUCUACCGCCGUUACAGAGAGAGCCAAGAAGAACGGCUGACGUUUGUGGGGGAUGAGGAGAUUGAAAUAGAGAUGAAAGUGCCGAAGGACGCGGUCAGGCUGCUGAUUGGCCGCCACGGAGCCAAAAUCAAGCAGCUGCGGAAGGAGACCCGUGCCCGCAUCAACAUCGACGUGGAGGAGUCCAACGAAGAGCAGAUGAUCCGGAUCUGCGGCUCCCCCGUCCAGGUGUGCAAGGCCAAAGCCGCCAUCCACCUGAUCCUGGCAGAGAACUUGCAGGUGGAGGAAAAGAUGUAUGUUCCCCAGCAAGCUGUUGGGCGGAUCAUUGGCCGAGGUGGAGAGACGGUGCGCUCCAUCUGCCGUACCACCGGGGCCAAGGUGAACUGCGACCGGAAAGGGGACGGAGGCUUCUCACUCAACCAGCUCAUCACGCUCUCCGGGACCCGCAAAGAGGUGAAAGCUGCUAAGGAACUGAUCAUGCAGAAGCUUUCGGAAGUCGACGCGUUCCACAAGAAGCUGGCCCAGUCGGCCUUGUGCCGGCCUCUGCGCAAGCAGCCCCUCGGCAUAAAGAAGGAAGUCGGGGCCGGGGACCCUCCUUCCACUGGAGAAGACCCCUCUCAGCCCCCUUACCUCUCCCCGAAGGAGCAGGAUGCUGAGCAGAGCCAGGUGGAGUGUCCCCUGGAUGAGCCGCGGGAGCUGAGGAGCGAAGACAGUUCGCCCGAGGAGUCAUUGUCAGGGGCGUCUUGGCCAAGCUCCACAUUUGAAGUCCCCAGCCCGGACUUCAGCUUCCACGCCAACGAGCACCUGGAGGUUUACAUCUCGGCCUCCGAGAACCCGAACCACUUCUGGGUCCAGAUCAUCGGCUCCCGCACCUUCCAGCUCGACAAGCUCCUCUUGGAGAUGACGCAGUACUAUGAGAGCAGCGGCUGCGGGUCUGAACUUCAAACCGUGCGUCCAGAGGACAUCGUGGCUGCCCCCUACCGGGACGACAACGCCUGGUACAGGGCUCGAGUCCUCGGCACUUUGGAGAACGGGAACCUGGAUCUCUAUUACGUGGAUUUCGGAGACAACGGGGAGGCUCCGCUGGAGAGGCUGCGGGCAUUGCGGAGUGACUUCCUGAGCCUGCCCUUCCAAGCCACGGAGUGCAGCCUUGCUGGCAUCGCUUCAGCCGGAGAGCAGUGGGAAGAAGCCGCGUUGGACGAAUUCGAUCGCCUCACCCACUGUGCCAAAUGGCAGCCCGUCGUGGCGAAAAUCUGCAGCUACAUCCCAUCCGGGAGUAGCACUUGGCCCCACGUUCAGCUGUUCAACGUCUCGGGCAAACAGACCAUCGAUAUCGGCGAGGAGCUGGUGCGCUUGGGCUACGCCAUACGGCGCCCUGAGGAGGGAGGUGUGGCCGCAGGAGAUGGACCUCACCUGGCCGGACAGGGGACAGCGUCUAGUAGCUUCCACCAGACUCAGGGAAACACACUCGAGACAUCGCUAGAGAGCCUUCUCUCCGAUACGCAGAAGACCCCUGACGAGAUGCCGACAACCCUGUCUUGCAUCAGCCUUUCAGACGACCCUAUCGAGCAACUCCGGGGCGACACGGUGCCGCCCCCUGCAGCGUCUUCCCCGGGAGGCUCCGCAGCUCUGCUCGAGCCCUUCCGGACGGCCAGCCUCGUCUCCCGUUCUGCCGAGGAUCCCCCCUGCCCCGCUUGCCAGGAGACAAAAGGCUGCAGACGGUGCCUGCCCAAGGGCACUGCGGCGCAGACGGAAGUUGCAGUGGAGGCCGAGCCUCCCCUGUCCACAACGGCAUUUGGGGCCGAAGCCAACCAGACUUCCACUCCUGUCGCUGCUCCUCCCCCUCCUGGCGGGGCUCCCUCGCCCAUCCCACUGUCCAGCGAAGGCUCUUCCGAACCGGCUCCGUCCCUCAGCCUGCCCGACAGCAGCACUUACUCCCCCCGGGGCUACUUCUACUACCUUUCCACUUCCGAGCACCUGUCGGAUCCGUCCGGCUUUUGCAGAGGAUCGCCCUCUUUGGACGAGGUUGACCCGGACGAGUCGUCUUCCCCCAGACCCCUUUGCGGGACGUAUAUCUUCAGCUCUGCUUCCGACAGCAGCGGCAAGGAAGGUAACUUGCCCACCUCCAGCCAGCUAAUCAAUGGCCGGGAGGAACCGGAUGCCAUCAAACUUUUCAUUGGACAGAUCCCCCCGGAAUUUAGAGGAGAAAGACCUGAAAACCUAUCUUUGAACAAUUUGGGCAAAAUCUAUGAGCUGACAGUCAUUAAGGAUAAAUACACUGGCAUGCACAAAGCCGGAGCGCCGAAUCUAUAUUUAGCCUCCCUGCCAGUGAGCCUGUCGCAGGAAGCAACCAGGCGGAAAAGCAAAGCCGUCGCACUCCGGCGGGCCUGUCUUAUGGUGCCACGUCGCCCAAGCAAACCAGCUGCCAAGAGUCUUCCUCCCGAGAGGCAGAGGGAAGGCCGGCAGCGGCUUCACCCUCGCAAGGAGGUGCUCGGCUGGUCUCCUAGGGCGAGCAAAUAUUGCCUGCAGAACAGGUGUAAACGGCGCGCCACUGAAUCACAGAAUGAGCCAAUCCCAACCAAUGCAGAGGUGAGCGCUGGCCUACGCACAUGCACAGCAGAGGUGGAUAAUUGGUAUAAGGAGAGGCAGAAGCGGUGA